AUGUCAGACAACCAGAGCUGGAACUCGUCCGGUUCUGAGGAAGAUUUGGAGCCCAGAGAGGACUGCGGACAUCCCAGUGGGUUCGCCCAGUUCAGCGGGGUCCUGAGCAAGUGGACAAACUACAUCCAUGGCUGGCAGGAUCGUUGGGUUGUGCUGAAAAACAACACUCUGAGUUACUACAAGUCUCAGGAUGAGACUGAGUACGGCUGCCGGGGUUCCCUCUGCCUUAGCAAAGCGGUCAUCACUCCUCAUGAGUUUGAUGAGUGCCGGCUGGACAUAAGUGUGAAUGACAGCGUCUGGUACCUGAGAGCACAGGACCCAGAGCACAGAAACCAGUGGAUUGACUCCAUUGAGCUGCACAGGAGUAUCAAAAAGGAGAAGACAGAGAAGGGAGGAGUCCAGGGAACACUAAUCAUCCCUCUACCAUUGGCCGACUCUGGAUAUGGCUCUGAGUCCAGUCUGCGGAGACACGGCUCCAUGCUGUCGCUCACAUCAGCCACCAGCAGCUUCUCUGCCACCUCCACAUCCUCCUUCAAGAAGGGUCACAGCCUGAAGGAGAAGCUGGCAGAGAUGGAGACAUUCAGAGACAUCUUGUGCAAGCAGGUGGACACGCUUCAGAAAUACUUCGAUAGUUGUGCAGACGUUGUGUCCAAGGAUGAGCUGCAGAGAGACAAAAUUAUGGAGGAUGAUGAAGAUGACUUUCCUAACACCCGCACAGAUGAAGAAUUUCUGCACAACAAUAAUGGCAGCAAAGAAAAACUGUUCCAGUCCCUGAGCCCGAAGGAACUGAAUGGCAUAGACUUUAAGGGGGAGGCGAUCACGUUUAAGGCCACCACAGCUGGUAUUUUAGCCACUCUGUCCCACUGUAUCGAGUUGAUGGUGAAGAGAGAAGACAGCUGGCAGAAGAGACUGGACAAGGAGAUGGAAAAGAGACGGAGAAUAGAAGACGGCUAUAAAUCAGCCCUCAAUGAGUUGAAGAAAAAAUCUCACUUCGGGGGUCCAGAUUAUGAGGAAGGUCCAAACAGUUUGAUAAACGAGGACGAGUUCUUUGAUGCAGUGGAAGCUGCUCUGGAUAGACAAGAUAAAAUCGAGGAACAGUGUCACACAGAGAAGGUGAGGAUCCAGAGAUCCAGUCCUGUGUCUUGUGGAGACAUCUACUCCUGCUCGGGCACACACAGAUUCUCUGAUAAGGUGGAGGAGAUGGUGCAGAAUCACAUGACCUACUCCCUUCAGGAUGUUGGAGGAGACGCCAACUGGCAGCUGGUUGUAGAAGAAGGAGAGAUGAAGGUGUACAGGAGGGAGGUGGAGGAGAACGGUAUCGUAUUGGAUCCUUUGAAGGCCACUCACUCAGUGAAGGGGGUCACUGGUCAUGAGGUCUGCCACUUCUUUUGGGACACUACGUACCGCAAUGACUGGGAAACUACCAUUGAGAACUUUAAUAUUGUGGAAACGUUAUCAGACAGCGCAGUGGUUGUUUAUCAGACACACAAGCGGGUGUGGCCUGCUUCUCAGAGGGACGUGUUGUACCUUUCUGCCAUGAGAAAGAUGGUGGCCAACGAUGAGAAUGACCCGGACACGUGGCUGGUCUGCAACUUCUCUGUGGACCAUGAGGAUGCUCAGCUGACCAGCAGAUGUGUCCGAGCCAAAAUCAACAUUGCCAUGAUCUGUCAGACCUUGGUCAGUCCACCAGAAGGGGACAAAGAGAUUAGCAGGGACAACAUCACGUGUAAAAUCACUUAUGUUGCCAACGUGAAUCCAGGAGGCUGGGCUCCUGCCUCCGUGCUCAGAGCAGUAGCAAAGAGGGAGUACCCAAAGUUCCUCAAGCGCUUCACCUCCUAUGUGCAAGAAAAAACUGCUGGCAGACCCAUCUUAUUCUGAGGCUCACAGGACCGAGACGUCGGCACAGACCUGCUCUGCAACAGAGUCCCGUCAGUCUGGAGCCAAAGAAACCAUCAAAUCCUUGAGCUGUCACAUGAAGGCUGAACAUGUUGGAGUGACGUCAGAAAACCAACAAAGUGAUUUAUCCUCCAACACGUACAGCGACCUGCUCCAGUUAGGAGGAAGACUGAAUGAAAAUUCAUGUGACUGAAACAUGGCCGUCGUCCAGGUUCAUCGUUUCAGCUUCUGUUUAACUGUGACUUUGAUAAAAUACUAACUGGAGUGUUUCAGACGGGUCAUUAGUGUCUGACUCGAAGACCAGCGAGGAAUGAACCCAGCUGUGGGGGAACAUCCUGCGUCCAGAGCUCAUAUUUAAAGAUAUUUAUGGUCUGUAAAAUGUUUGUACAAAUACAAAUCUUAGCUGUUUUUGUCAAAUAUUUCAUGAAAAGCUUUGCAGGGUGAAGUUUCCUGCUUUUCUGUUGAAAUGUUUGGAGUCGGGUCCAGAGGGCGCUGAGACUGAAGGACGUUCCUCUAAUGACGGCACCUCUAAUGAGCUGAUGGAGGAACCAGAUCGUCUGCCGUGGACACGGUGCAGAUUAUUUUAGUUGAGCCCUGGUGCCUUAGUGUUAGGAAAACACGAAGAUUCAGACGAGGUCAAAGAUUCUGUUACUGCACCUUUGAAACCACACGUGGAGUGCCUCAGGGCGGUUUGAUCCCGAGUAAAUCUUUUUACUGAACAAACGAACGUGUUCAGUUCGGCUCACUUUCAUCGAGUCUGGAUCCAGUUGAGUUCAAACGGGUCCUGACGACCUCCCAGUGGACACUCGGGACAGUAUUUUUGUUACCUCUGUGUUGAUCUGCUGGUUCAUUAAACUUCUUCAGACGCAUCGUUUCAUUAAGAAUCGUUAUUU